AUGCUGCAUACUCCAAUAAAUAUACUCGCAAAAUCAACUUUGGAUGCAUCUGCAGCUAUUACUCAACACACGUUGAAGAAGAUGAUCAAGAUGUUGUCUGACUCUAAUGUCAUUGCUUGUGAGGAAGAUCAUGACAUGUACAAAGAUUUUGCAGGCAUAUGCAAAUCAAAGCUACAACAGGAGAAAUUGAUGGUUAUGAAAGCCCAAGACAAUAUCAGCAAAGGACGCUAUUUUUUCAAAGAGCAAAACAAGACCAAGAAACUUGUAACUCAAAAAGAAAGAUUGAAUUUUAUGCUUGCCUUGGAUGAAAGCAGCUUUCUGGAAGAACUACAGAUUUCCAUUGUUCUUGACGAAUUAGAAUUAAAUGGUAAUUCUUUGUUAAGUGACCAUUUUGCAAGACGUUCUGAAAUAGGAAUGGGCUCUAUCAAGAAUAUAACAAUCAGGUUCUUCAAAGUAAUUCUCUCUUUGGAGCACAAGUUUGUUUAUUGGCCAACCAAAUCUGAGAAACUGGCAAAAGUAUCAUUGUGGAAGUCAGAGCAGUUUUUUGGUCGCAGAUCCACUUACUAUGUAAACAGUGUCGCAGUGUGUAAUCAUAGACGCAUAAUCCAAUACAUGUCAACUGGUUUCUUUGGAAGUUCGCAUGAUAUGUGUACUUUGUCUGAGUGUGAGCUUAGAAAAUUCCCAGAGCGAUUCUUUUCUGAUGAUGAGUAUGUGUUGGCAGAUGUGGGGUAUAAGGCUAUGAACAAUAUUGUUCCAAUCAAAAAGAAGCCAAGGAACAGUGAACUCUCAUUAGCAGAUCAAGAAAAGGAAGACAUUGUAAAGGUUAACGCAUGGAUUUGGGUUUGCGUAGCCUUGAACAAUUUCCUGAUGUGUCAAGAUGACAACAAAUGGUCUCAGGAAGCCAAGCAUCAAUGGGAAGAUAGAGAGAAAGCUGAAGUUGAAUGCCUGCAGAAGACAUGA